UUUAGAGAUAGAUCUUUGCAAUAACGCAUUGAGACAGCAGACAGAAGAUCUUUGUUGGGUUCUGAGUUCGGUAUCCUCUGAGGAGGCUGUGACAUGAAAGUGGCAAGACAGUUUUAACCGCGCAAAUGACAAUCAUGGGUAAAGAUGACAACGGAAAAACCAAGAACUCAGGCUACACGAUCCUUUCGCAAGAGGAGCUUGCUGAAGGGAAAACAACUGAAAUUGUUGGCCUGGAAAUAACAGGAAUGGUCCGUAAUUUGAGUCCUUAUUUAUGGACCAGAAGCUUCUGCGAUAUAACGAGACUUGUUGUGAAAAGCAACCAAUUAACCAAAGUUCCGUCUGAAAUAACGAAUCUUAAACGUUUGACUCAUCUAGACCUCUCCCAUAAUAUGCUACGUUCUUUGCCACCCGAGAUCGGAGACCUAGUAACUCUGAAAGAACUAUUACUGAGACACAACUAUUUGAGGCUAUUGCCAUACGAGCUGGGCAAGUUGUUCAAUCUUCAAGUGCUGAACUUAGAUGAGAAUCCAAUGGCACCUGAAGUUAGCCAGCUGUAUUCGGAUCCAAGGAAUGUGCAGAAACUGCUGAGUUUCAUGCUUGACAAAUUACCCGUACCAGAACCACAACGGACGGCACCACAAAGGCAAUGGAAGUCAUUACAGGAAGUAGAUCAAUCAGCAGUUAGCUAUAUAUUCACAAUAAUGACGUACAACAUUCUGGCUGAGAACUAUGCCACGCGUAGCCAGUACGGCUACUGUCCGAGCUGGGCGCUCAGCUGGUCAUACAGAAAAGACCUCAUAUUGAAGGAAAUUAUAAGGAAUCAGGCCGACAUCAUUUGCUUACAAGAAGUUGUAACUGAUGAAUACAACCAGUUUUUUCUGCCAGAGUUGAGCAAGGAGGGAUAUAAGGGAAUUUUUGAAGCCAAGUCGCGCGCCAGGACUAUGAACGAAGAGGAUAGACGUUUUGUCGAUGGAUGUGCUAUUUUCUACAAAUCUGAUAAGUUUGAAGUGGAGAGCAGGGAGCUAAUUGAGUUUAAUAUGCUGGCACGUCAGAUAGUGGAGACUGCGAGACAAAACGGGUCGACAAAUAAGGCAUCUGACGAUGUCAUUAACCGGGUCAUGACUAAAGACAACAUCGGAGUUGUGGCCGUGCUGAAAUUCAAAAACCCACCUGACAACAUUAACAGCGCGUCGGAUGAGUUGAAGAGUAACUACCUAAACCAGAUCAUGAUCUCGAACGUGCACAUCCACUGGGACCCCGAGUACUGCGAUGUGAAGCUUAUGCAGAUUUUACUGUUCCUGACAGAAUUGCGUCGAAAGAUCUCGGAUCACAUACCUUUGGUUUUAACCGGUGACUUCAACUCGCUGCCAUCAUCGGGCGUGAUCCAGUUUCUGCUGGACAGUCGCAUCCCCUUCUCACAUCCGGAUUUCAAAGAGAUAGACUACAAACACUUCUUCGAUGAAAUCUCAACUAGCGGAGACGAUUCGAGCAAGAUCACACAUCCCCACAAUUUGUCUUCUGCAUAUCCCCUCGACAAAGAAGGCUGCUUCACCAAUUACACCUACGAUUUCAAAGGGAUAAUCGACUACAUUUUCUACCCUCAGGACUACAUGAAGCCGCUCGGAAUACUUGACACUGUGGACUCGCAGUGGUUCCGCGACAACAAGAUCCUAGGCUGUCCCCACCCCUUAGUACCCUCAGACCACUACCUCCUACUCACUGAGCUGCAGAUGUUCCUGGGCAACCAACCUGCCCCAAACACUAGCCCCCCUAACAGCAGUAAAAACAAGAACAGCAUCACUAACUAGAAAAGGAACGGAGCAACGAUUGGCAUUGGAAAUCCAAUUAGCAAUUCCCACUCAUACUCCUUUCCCUUGAAUUGUAUUAAAUGCAGGACUUUGAACGGACAACACUAUGAAUGAGCGCGAAAACUGACAGAAACUACCUAUAUAAACUUGCCCCUAAUUAAUGGUCUUUCAGGAAUGGUAAAUAUUUUAACUGACGAAAACGUGGUAGCCAUAUGAAUUAUCAAUUUACUCCUAAUGCGACAAAUUCCGAAAUAGAACGUACAAUGAUCCUGUGUGUACAUCUUUGGUCGAAUCCGGAUGCUUCCUGUUUGGUCCUGUUUGGAUUUGACCCCGAGACUUCAGUUAGUGAAUUUAGUUUUAUUCAGUUCACCUUAAAGAAAUUUAGUUUGGCAUAGAUGCUGUGAAGAUGCUAUAUUUUCUGAAGUAGAGACUCCUCGGGACAUAAACAAUGUAGAUGCAUUAGAUGUUUAUACUUUAGCUUACGACUUUUUAAUCACCGUUUGUUGUCAAUGUACAAAUAUUGUAUCCAAUUGCUUCACCUAAGUUCAAAGUAACAAUUGUAAAUUAUUUCCACCCACACGUUUUAAAUUGAUAUUUUACCCUCACGCGAUGGCUAAUGAACAAAAAAAAGCGUUUAAAAAAUAAAAUUGUGCUUCUUUUAUUUUACGUAUUACCCGAUGUUGUGUUUUUAACGGAUCCAACCAAUUUAAGCGAGUUAAAUUCAUUAUGAGUGUUAUUUUAACCUCGCAGUGUAACCCAAACUUACUGAAAACUGACUCGUAGCCUUUUUUGCAGAAGAAGUAUCUCUUCAAGUGAAGUCGCGGUGUCUUCACUGAUCCCACUGAAAUCCUCCUCUCAAUUCCAAUAUUCGUUGUGUCUGCCUUUCGGAGGUCCAUCUUGUUGUGUACGUAGUAUUUUAUUGAUUCAAAUGUGUCUGAUUGGCUACAAGAACUCUGUAAUUUUUCAACCAAUGCUGCUGUAGGUCCUCUUGAUGAACUAGUAUCUACCUUCCUGAUCUUUGACCUCUAGCUACCUGCCCGUCCUUUUCCAUCUGCCCCAACCAGUAAAACUUUUUUGCCUUCUAGGCUUCAACCUUGAGUACUGUGCUUAUUAUUUUCAGCCGCUUUCUUUGAAUAUUUUAGCAGAAAGUUGUUUGAUAUUUUUUGUAAUUUAAGCGAAAGUUGUCGUUGUUAUUGUUUCUCUCUUACGGUAAUGCUUAAUGUUUCGUUUAUCUGAGACAGAAGAUUCUGGCAAUUCAAA